CUGAUAGCAGUCACAAGUGCACCGCUAUCUUAUAUCUAUAUAAAAUUGAGAUACCUUUAGCAAGUUAUAAGAAACUCGUGUAGCAAGGACUUUGGGUGGUAUUCCUUCUUUUCUCCUGUUUGUUUUGUUUAAUAAAAUCUAUACCUCAAGGUAUUCCCCCUAACGUUUAGACGUGUCUUUAUUAAUCUUUUAUUUUUCGUUAAUAUGGCUCAAACCUUCUUAUUUACCUCUGAAUCCGUUGGUGAAGGUCACCCUGACAAAAUUUGUGACCAAAUUUCUGAUGCCAUCUUGGAUGCUUGUUUGAAGGAUGACCCUCUUUCCAAGGUUGCUUGUGAAACUGCUGCCAAGACUGGUAUGAUUAUGGUUUUUGGUGAAAUUACCACCCGUUCCCAAGUUGACUACCAAAAAAUCAUUCGUAAUACCAUCAAGACCAUUGGUUACGACAGCUCUGAGAAGGGUUUUGAUCACAAGACUUGCAACGUUCUUGUUGCCAUUGAACAACAAUCUCCUGAUAUCGCUCAAGGUCUUCACUACGAGAAGGCUUUAGAAGAACUUGGUGCAGGUGACCAAGGUAUUAUGUUUGGUUAUGCCUCUGACGAGACUCCUGAAUUGCUUCCCUUAACCAUUCUCCUUGCUCAUCGCCUCAAUGCCGCCAUGUCCAAGGCUCGCCGUGAUGGCACCCUCCCUUGGUUGCGUCCUGAUACAAAGACCCAAGUUACCAUUGAGUACGAAGAAAACAAGGGCGCUGUUAUUCCCAAACGUGUUGAUACCAUUGUUGUUUCUGCUCAGCAUGCUGAAGAUAUCUCUACCGAGGAUUUGCGUUCUGAGAUCUUGAACAAGAUUGUCAAGACCACUGUUCCUAACCAUUUGUUGGACGCUCAAACUGUCUAUCACAUUCAACCCUCUGGCCGCUUCGUUGUCGGUGGUCCUCAAGGUGAUGCUGGUCUUACUGGUAGAAAGAUUAUUGUCGAUACCUAUGGUGGUUGGGGUGCCCACGGUGGUGGUGCUUUCUCUGGUAAGGAUUACUCCAAGGUUGAUCGUUCAGCUGCUUAUGCUGCCCGCUGGAUUGCCAAGUCUUUGGUUGCUGCUGGCUUAGCUCGUCGUUGCUUGGUCCAAUUAUCCUAUGCUAUUGGUGUUGCAGAACCCCUUUCCAUCUUUGUGAACACUUAUGAAACUUCAUCCAAGACCUCUGCCGAGCUUGUUGAAAUUAUUCGCAAGAACUUUGACCUUCGUCCCGGUGUUUUGGUGAAGAGCCUCCGCUUGCAAACCCCUUUCUAUCUUUCCACAGCUUCUUAUGGACACUUUACUGACCAAUCCAAGCCUUGGGAACAACCCCACAAGCUUGAGUACUAAAGAAUUUGCUGAACAUAUUUCAACUAGACAUUUGUCCCAUCUGUUGUGUUUUGCCUAAUUUUUCUCCCCGUUAAUUUUAAAAGUUAGAAAAAAUGUUUAUCGGCUCGGGAAGUCGUAACUAUGAGAAGCGAGUUAUCAAUAAUACCCAUUUUUUGAUUGGCAUGUACUUAACAAAAUCCUGAUCAUGUUUGACAGUUGCAAAAAAAUCUAAUUUUUAAGAACUUGGCAAUCAGGUAGACACAAAUUCAACCUUUGUGUUUAUGACUCCAUCUCGAGGUUGAUGAGGCACUUUACUCUUUAUUUCUUUGUUUUGCAUUUAUUUUUAUUUCCUUGUACUUCUUUAGGUUAGUUUCGGUAUUGUGCUUUUGAUGCUUUUUCAUGAUAGUUGUAUCGUCGUACCUGCUUUCAACUAGUAGGCCACCUUCGUUCUUGAUUAAUCAUUUCAAUAAUUAUUACUACUUAUAAUGGUUUAUCAGAAUCACUUUGUAAUAAGCAUUGUAUCUUAUUGCUGUGUAGCUGAAACAAUAAUCCAUUUGGAGAAAUAUGGGAAGGAACGUUUGUAGGACGAACAAGAGUAGG